GUUACGGCUGUAUUGUGUAUCCUGUUUGUACUUCCACGUCGAGACCCCGCAUUUUCGUGUCUAAAAUCUGGCCCUUUCGCAAUGGUCCCAUGUGCAGCGCCAAUCAUUAUCCGAUCAAAGAUCCCGUACCCUAUCUGAGCCCUGAACCUGACACCCAUCAACGGUCCUGAUUCACCACACGACUGCAUUGCCGACGCAAUUUAGCGUCGACACCGAGUCACUGACCUUGCCAAACUCAUCCACAUGUAGAACCAGGAAUACGACUCUUAUGAAGUCACCCAAUAACAAUCCUCCACGUGGGAUCUCCCCUCCACCUUUUAAAAAUUUGGAAAAACAACCGCAAAUACAAGGCGUGAUUGUUAUAACUGACUUCCUUCGUUCGUACGGCAAGAAUCGCCGCUGUAAAAAUAAUCCCGAUUUAGCUUUCCUUCAAUCUCUUUCUCUGUCUCCGUUUCACCGAUUCCAAAAUCUUCGAUGUUGAUUUUCUUUUAAUUCUGGUUUUGCUGUUUUUUUUCGUUGCGGAAAUCGAGAGAUCGAAAAUUUCGAAUAUUGGAAGAACAAAAUUCUUGUUAUUAGUAUUAUGCAGCGACUCGUUGACAACGCCCUCGCUGUUACCAAAGAGUCGGUGAAGACUUUUACAUACGAGUCUUUGAACAAUAUUGCAAGGUCGAUAAAUGGACUCUCAGCACUUUUAUUGACCAUUCUUCCUGGAAAGGCAAAUAUUCUUGAAGGUGUUCAAGGAUGGGAGCUUAGGCCAACUUUUCACGGACCUCGAUUUCCACGCUGGAUGGAAAAUGGUGUUUCCUCAUUCAACCAUUUCAUCCAUGAGCUUUCUGUGGAUUCUGAUACUUCAAGUACAGACUAUUCUUCCGGAGAAGACAAUCUUGAUGGAAUAUGCCCUGCAUCACCAUCAUCUCAUGUGUCAAAAACCUCCAGAACAAGCACUCGCAUCAGUCAUGAUUGGCACUGGACAGACUGGAUGGCCUACAUAUUCUCAUGGAUUUUGUUACCUGCUAGGUUUCUGCUGGGGGUACUGUUUCUUCUUUUCCGUUUGUUAAAUAUUCGGAGAUCAAAGGUUUCUUCAGAUCCAGGAAGCCCCCGUCCUAGGAAUUUUCAUUCCUUUAGGAAAGUGCACUCCUCCAAGGAUCAUGUUGUUCACCGUACCACUGACAGGAGGCGUGGAGUCAUUGAGGAUCUUCAUCUAGCAAUUGAGAUUUUCAUAGAAGCUAUAUUUGAUAUGUUUCACAAGGCUGUGCAUUGGGUGCUCUCCCCAUCUGCAGUUUUUAGAAUCUUUGUAAGAUGGUUCUCAUCUCUCAUCUGCAUUGAUCAUGAUGUCUUGAAUGCUUCAGUUCCCACAGCUACUCUUGGAGAUAAUAAUCCAGCUCCUACAGAAAGGAAUCUUACUCUUCACCAAGCUCUUAACACUGAUGCGCGAACAUGUCAGGAUGUCAUAGCAGAGCUAGGGUACCCAUAUGAAGCUAUUCAUGUUAUCACUGCUGAUGGAUAUGUUCUCCUUUUAGAAAGAAUACCUAGACGUGAUGCACGGAAGACUGUCUAUCUACAGCAUGGUAUUUUGGAUUCAUCUAUGGGGUGGGUUUCAAAUGGCGUUGUUGGUUCUCCAGCUUUUGCAGCCUUUGAUCAAGGUUACGAUGUCUUCCUUGGGAAUUUUCGUGGUUUAGUCUCUAGGGAGCAUGUGGAUAAAAAUAUCUCCUCGCGACAAUAUUGGCGAUACUCCAUAAAUGAGCAUGGGACACAGGAUAUUCCGGCUAUGAUAGAGAAGAUUCAUGAAAUUAAAACUGCUGAAUUGAAAAUUAGCAAACCUGAUGAAGAAACAAAUGAUGAGCAGCCAUACAAACUUUGUGCAAUCUCUCAUAGCCUGGGUGGAGCUGGUAUGCUGAUGUAUGUUGUAACACGCCGGCUCAAAGAGAAGCCUCACAGGCUCUCGAGAUUAGUUUUACUUUCACCUGCAGGCUUCCACGAUGAGACUAAUUUUCUCUUUACAGUGGCGCAUUAUCUAUUUCUUCUUUUGGCUCCUAUUCUGGCACCAUUUGUGCCUGCCUUUUAUAUACCAACCAGAUUCUUUCGUAUGCUGUUUAACAAGUUGGCUAGGGACCUACAUAACUACCCUGCUGUCGGGGGACUGGUUCAAACCCUAUUGAGUUAUGGCUUUGGUGGAGAUAGCUCAAAUUGGGUUGGGGUGUUGGGAUUACCUCAUUUUAAUAUGAAUGACAUGCCGGGCCUCUCAUUUCGUGUGACUCACCACCUUGCACAAAUAAAAAGCACGAGAAAAUUUAGAAUGUAUGAUUAUGGGAGUACAUCAGCCAAUAUGGAGGUGUAUGGAUCUCCGGAGCCAAUAGACUUGGGUGAAUAUUAUUCACUUAUUGAUAUUCCUGUUGAUUUGGUGGCUGGCCAGAAGGACCAAAUAAUCAACUCAUCAAUGAUCACAAAGCACUAUAAGUUGAUGAAGGAUGGAGGUGUAGAUGUAUCGUACAAGGAAUUUGAGUAUGCACACUUAGACUUCACAUUUUCACACCAUGAAGAACUCUUAGCAUACGUGAUGUCACGCCUGCUGCUUGUGGAGCCUGCUCCAAAGCGCCAGUCUAGUGAGAAGGCUCUAAAGUUGAAAAAGAAAGGACAGGCAAGCUCUUAAUGUCCGACGACUACAAAACCAUGCACUUCCUUGGUUUGUUUUUUUGCUUUUGGAUUUGGCAUGUGUUUUGUUCCAUUGAAUAUUUGAUAGAUAGAUGCAUGUUGUUGUAUGUGAAUGAAUGGAUCAAUAUGUAUCCUUUACAUCAUUGUAAUUAUUGAUAGUCAUUGCAUACAUGCCCAAGUAAGCUUCCAUUAUAUAUAUUCCGAGACAAUUCAAUUGAAGUUAAAGUCAGAGAAAGUGGCUGCUUAUUAGGAAUUAGUUGGUUUGAUAAAUUAUAUGUUAAUUUGUUUGCUGUGUUGUACUGUAGAUAAUAGCUCUUUUAAAAAAUUUACCAUCAUCUUGUACUACUUUUUCGUUAUUCUAGUUCUGUCAAUUGUUUGAUGAUUAUCAGAAUACCUUUUCUUUUAUUGGAUUCCUGGCUUGGCUCAAAUGAUAUUGGCGUUUGAUUUCAUCAUAACGUAUAAAGAUUUAGGGUGCCUGUAGUUUGAAAAUAUUGAAGGUGACCAGAAGGUAUCUCGGUUCUAGAUAGAUUUCCAAUUCUUUAGAAAAUGAAUUCACUCAUCUAUCAAACAACAUUUUCUUCAACAACUGGGCAAAUUUAUCAUAGCAAGUAAACUUUCAAUAUAAUCAAUAAAAGUAGUAGGUCAAUGCGUAAUUGUGAUCCUAUUGGAGGAAGAGAGUGACCAAAUUCCCUAUGAGAGGGUGCAUAGUUAGCUAAAGAGUUUAAGUUUUAUUUUGUCUGUAAGUUUCAAAAUCUAACGUGCGGAUAACCUUGGCUGCUUGGGAGAGAGAGAGAGAGACAGAGAAUUUGCUUAUGAAAAAGUGAUUCCAUCCUUGAAUGCUAUUGACUUUGGAGAGUGCUUAGGUUGCUUCGGAAUGAUGAUGUCCUAUGGACAGUUCACGCUUGCUUGGAAAUGAAAAUUGUUUCUUAAAUAAUCUCUAAGUGGAAUGUUAAAAAAAAAAAAAAAAAAACAAAACAAAACAAAAAAAAGGAGGUACCCCUUAGUUACUCGGGAGGUGCCAUGUCUUUUCGAGAAGUGAUGCUCUUAAUUGAAGUAAAUGUCUCAAGCUUUGCCUUCUAUUGUUUACUUUGUAAGUAAUUAACUAUCACAUUUCAGUUUGCUUCCCACCAGCUUGCUCUUAUUUUUCACGUUUAUGUGC